UUUGUGAAAUGUAUUGGACAGGUGUUGCUGGGAGAUGACGAGAGAGUGUCGAUGCGAGCGAAGACAAUAAUGGGUCCGGAACUGAACGUGGUCACCGCGUCGCUGACGCCGACACGCCUGUGCGAGGGCGCCUCGACGCCGGUGCACAUAGCUCAGCCUCCCUUGGUGCCGCCCGACGAGGUGCGACCAGUGUCACGCUCCGACGAGUACCUCGUGACGGUGGUGGUGCCGGCUGUUGUCAUAGCAACCAUGCUGAUCUGCGCCGCUCUGGUCGCCUGCGUCCUGUACCGACGCCGACGCCAGGGCAAGAUGAGCGUCGGCGACGAGGACGAACGACAGAGCUUCCGCAGCAAGGGGAUACCCGUCAUUUUCCAGGAUGAACUCGAGGAGAGACCCGAGCCAACCAACAAGUCGCCGGUGAUAAUGAAAGAGGAGAAACCGCCCCUGCCGCCUCCUGAGUACCAGCGCAACCACCCCGCCCCCACCGCUGCCACCGCUCUCCUGUCGGACACCGAGGACUCCCCCUACCAGCCGCCUCCGCCCUUCACCUCCAGUCGGGAUUCCGCUCGACCCAAGCCCACACCCACCUACAGGAUGCCUCCUCCGUAUGUACCUCCUUAAACACUCAUUCACCUGACCCCCCACUCUUUAUUCUUUUCAAAACUUCUACUCCCUCACGUCUACUAAAUACUACUAGUCCGUUUAUUGAGCUGCAUAUACAAAGAAACUGUUAAGUUGGGUGAUUUACAACUGUUAUCACUGAAUGUUAAUCAAAAAAAUUUCUCCCUCACAUGAAUAUCAUCUAUUAAUAUCAGUUUCUUGAGCUCUUAUACCAGUUAUAGAAUAGACACGCUGAGAAGUC